AUGUUCGGCGGCAACACCGGUGCACAAUGCACAGUGGGACCAUUUCCUGACAUGGUGUUCGAUCGCCUGCGCAGCACUAGCAAUUACGAUUACUCCGAUUUGCAAACAGGCCCUUGGACUGCUUGGCUACGAUCUGGCAUACUUCCUCUACUCGACCUCCUGGUGCACGUCAUUCCGGCCGCCUCCUCACGGCUCGGUGUGUUCAGGCCUCUGGACAUCCUGACAGGCGCCCUUUCUUCGAUCCCGCUUUUGCUUUACACUGCAUUCCUUUACACUUUCACGGCUUCCCAGUUCAUUCCCAGCCUUCCACGGGAAUUCCGUUUUCUCGCGAAACAGACCCUCAUCUUCUUCCUCCCUGUGAUCGUCGCUGCGAACGAGAUCGGCUCAUUUACUGGCAUCUCUUACCGAGAUUUGAACGGCGUGCUCUCCGUUGGCUUCAAGAAUCAGGAGAUUCACGUCGGCUUCGACAGUCUCACACUCGCCGUUCUCCUCGUCUACCAGCUGCUGAUCUUCGCGCUCGCAGCGAAUCGCCUCGCUCGCGCAUUUCGUUACCGCCAAGAUCUCGCCACGGAGAAGUCCGACGACGGUGAACUCAAGACGCAGAUGUUCCGUGGGUCGCCCUGGCUGGUCACUGGUAUGUUCCUCGGGUCACUCGAGACCAUCCUUGGCUUUGCUGGCGGCGGUUUUGCGCUUGCGUUCUUGCGGCGGGCGCUGCGCAUGCUCGGACGGGCGUGUCUCAUUAUCGGCGCGUUCAACGGUGUGGACACCGUUGAGGAUUUCCACAUGCUUAAGUCCGAGGCGGUCCAGCACCGUCGCCGCUCGAAGCUGCUGGGCCUGAUCGGCAACCCGCGCCACAGCACGUUCCGCCAGCUCGAGGGCUACCAGUACGAUCCCGAGACCGGCGGCCUGCAUCCUAAACUGGAGCGACUCUCUGCGAUGGCAUCCAACGCAUUGGACGAGAUCCGCACCAUCUCCAUCCGCUUCGGUAACAGCCCGCGGUCUUCCGUCCGUCCGUCCGACAGUACGGCCCCAGGUUCGUCAGUAGAGGCUCUCAUUCAUGCACGCAUGGGCACGCCUCCUCUCAAUGUCAUAACCCUCCCCGACGACCGAGAUAUCUCGUUCCCCACAGUUCGUCUUCGCAACCCACCUCUCCGGCCGCGCCCAGAGGAACGCGUGACGAUGCACUGGGGCAACGGCCUUGACGCACCCCAACUCGAACUCCGGCGCGUGUCGGACCUGCUCGAUCAGAGCGCGCUGAACCGGCUCACGCAGCUCGGCAUCGACCCGUACGGCGACGUGCAUCCGCAUAUGGGUGUCUUCCGCUCGCUGAGCCUCCCGACGCACGUCGCGAUGGAGGAAUGGGCUACGGCGCAGCGCGACCACCCGAGCCUGCGCCGCUAUAGCCACGAGACGCGCAACAAGCACCACAGCACCCCUGCAGAGUCGGGCUCGCCAACAUCAGCGUCACCAAGCGGGUAUUCACAGACGAUCGAGGAGGCGCAGGCAUUCGCCUCGCUCAGCAGGAAUGGCUCUGUGCUAUCCGUGCCAUCAUCUGCGAUCCUUGCACCCGUCACGCGCGUCGACCGGGCGUACGCACGACAUACGUACGCCGGACGUCAGCCGCAGGAACCCUACCGAGGGAGCUCGUAUGCCUCGUCCAUCGAGCUAUUGCAAGCGCUCACGUCGCAAUUCCCUGGCACCCCGUAUACGACAGGCUCAUCCCAGGGGGCGUUCCGAACCUCGCAUGUACCAUCCGCCAGCCAGGAUAGCGACCAGACCAUCAUGAUGGCCAUCGGUGAGCAGUCGCUUGCACGCGCGGAUAGUUGGGACGCUCGGACGCUGCCUUCGCAUUCUCGGGCGCCCUCCAAGGACCUCCUCGCUUCCCCGAACACGAUCGAUGAGGUCCCGGAGCCACGUAUGUCACAAGAUAGCACGCUCAUCGGCCACGGCGAUCACAAGAAGCAAAUGUCAACUGACUCUCAGGCUGCCGCCGCCUUCCCCACGCCUACGUCUAUGCGCACCGGUUUGCCUUCCCCGCCGGACUCUGCCUCUGAGGAGAAGAUACGCGAUCGAGCACGGAAGUCGCGUACACUUGAAGCUCGUGCCCAGCCGCUUCGAAUGGGCAGCGUGGACAGCACGGACCUCCCCGACGUGCCUCCAGCUCGCCCACGCGAACCUCGCAUCAAGAGCGUUGGAAGCGUCCCGCGGCGGUACACACCCACUCCGACGAGCAGCAGCAUCUUCACUCGGGAGAGCGUCGCUGUGGAGCUAGACGCAGUAAGCGAGAUGUCAGAGGAGAGGAGAAGAAGUAGAAAACUCAGUAAGAGGUCGCGGAAGAGCUCGACGAAGAGCUCGACGAAGAGCUCUGUGAAGGACCGCCGGAGUGCGGUCAGCCAGGUGGCGCCUGUAGCCGUUGUCACAGUGGGCUCGGAGCAGAGUAUAUUUGAGGACUAG